GGGGGGUUUGUUGUUGUUUCGGGUUACCGUGGGAGCUGGGUCCGAGCAGGAUAAACCACCGCUGUCCUGCAUGUGUUGCCCUGGUUUUCUGUGGGACUAAAACAGCCUGACUCGCACACAGCAGCGUUGCUCAGCCCGUUCAGAGAGAGAGUAAGGGGUUGCAAAGGUGUAAAGUAGCUGCCAUUGUUUUGUGUCGCCAUGGACAUGGCUUGGCAGGUGGAGUUUCGAAAUGUGGGCUGCACCUACUUCCCUCAGAGCAGAGUCGACUGCCACUACACGCUGAGCUCGCAGCACAGCUGGGCCAACAGCGACUGGAUUGGGCUCUUCAAGGUGGGAUGGUCGUCAGUGAAGGACUAUGAAACCUUUGUUUGGGCUCUGGCCCCAGCCGAUUAUCAAGAGGGCACAGAAGCCAACUGCUGCGUGCACUUCCAGGCAUCCUAUCUGCCCAAGCCCAGUUCCCAGGAAUAUGAGUUUGUAUACGUUGAUGCUAAAGGGGAAGUGUGCUCCCGCAGCUCCAAAUUCACUUUCUGUGCACCGACGCCUCUUGAGGACAUGGUGACCCUCGAGGAAGAGUCCCACGGUGAGGAUGAAGGCACAGACAUGCUGCUGGUAAUACCCCGGGCCGAACUGCUGCAGAAUCGGUUGCAGGAGUGUCUGCGAGAGCGUGCUGAGCUGCUGCGUGAGCAGGAGGUGGCAAAUAAGCAAAGGGAGAGAGAAAAGGAGGACCACAAGAGAGAGAAGCAGGAAUGGGACAGACAGCGCAGAGGGUUGGAGCGUGAGGUCGGCAGACUGAAGGAGGAGCUGAUGCAGAGUCAUCGGAAGAUUGAGGAGAUGGAGAUGGAGCAGAAGGAUGAACAGGCUUUAGGAGAGUGUUUAGCCCAGGAGAAAGCUGCUUUAAUGGAUGCCAAGGCAGCGAAAGAACAGCUUAUAAGAGAGCUUGAAGAGGACAUCAAAACACUGACACAACGAUCAGUGGAAAGAGAGACAGAAUUGGAGAGAAUGAAAGAAAGAGCCAAGAGGGCAAUUGCCUUGAGAAAAGAGGAGGAGCAUGAAAGAAAAAACCAACAGAAUAAGCUGGAUCAGACUGAAGCUGAGCUCAGAAGUCUGUUUAAGGAGUUCCAGGUUCUCAGGAACUCCCUGGCUCAGAGAGACACCAGUGUCCUGCAGCUCCAGAACACCAUCACCACCCUCACCCAAAAACUCACUACUGCUCACAGGAAGGAGACCGAAAGUGAAGUAUUACUGAAGGAGAUGCGUAGCCUACGAGAGCGAUUUCACAUGAGCGAACGCACAGUUGAGGGCCUAAAGAGCGAUCUGAGUACCCUGGCAGCCCAAAGGGAUCGCGUACAGGCCGAACUGCACCAGACUCGAGUGCAGGCCGCCCAGCUCACCAUUCAGCUUGCAGAUGCCAGCAUGGCUUUGAGAGAAGGAAGAGCCAACUGGGCUCAGGAUAGGCAGAAUCUGCAGCACACUGCGGAGUUGGACCAGGAAAGUUUGGAGAAACUCAACACAGAGAUGCAGAAGAUGCAAGAGAGACUGCAGGAGGAAAAGAUGGAGAGGGUGAAGCUGGAAGUUGAGCUGGGUAGAGAAAAAGAUUGCAACCGGGUUCAGCUGAGUGAAACCCGGAGGGAGCUGCAGGACCUGAAAGCCAGCCAAAGGGCUGCACAGAAAGAGAAAGAACAUCUACGAGCAGAGAAACGGGAGUUGAUGGAGUACAUUUUUCAGAUGGAGCAGAAGACGGGAACAGUGACCACUGCCAGGUGGGACACCGCUCCAAUUGCCUCCACAGGGUGUCCUGAGACUGCGCUAUCUGACUCUGAGGAUGAGAGCCCAGAGGCUUUGCAGAUCCUCCAUCCGCCAAGAUCUCUUGGCCACUACAGCCUUUGCGAGCAAGGCCAGCCUGAAUCCCUGCUCCUCUCGACGCCCCCUCUCUCCCCGCGGGACGUGGACAGGAGAGCGGUGGUCAUCAACCAGCCAGCCCCGCUCUCCCUGCCACACCAGGCCAACGCUGACACUCUGCCACACAGCUCUGAUUCGGAGGAGGAAUCUGAUCCAGUCCAGCAGGGAACAAAAAACUCUGAAGAGGAAACCGCUUUUCUGUUGCCUGAGUACAAGGGCCCAUUUCUCAGCGAUCUGGCGGACACCUCGCUAUGGUGAUGGGCGAACAUCCGGCCAAGACAACAGCGAGCAUUCCGAAAGCAGGAUGGGACUGUGUUUCCAGCUGCUUCGACUAACAAGCACAUAAACAGCACAUUAAAAACGCAAGACACAACAUUAUAUGCAAUUACUCUGUAUCUGCCACCAACCUUGCCCCCCACCACCCACACCCCCGUAGACCGUUGUGUUAUUGCCUCAGCUGUGCCAGCAGCGGCAGGUCAAUGCCAUGUUUAUGACUCGCAGAAGACUGUUGCUUAGCUAGAGGCUGCAGGAAUUUUUGGGGCCCGGCAUUUGAGAGUUCGCAGGCGGGUAGCAGAAUGAUUUCCGUUGAAUCAUUGCAUCGUCGAGAGCUUUACGACGGAUGUAAUGUCGUUUUUAUGGCGAUUGUGAUUAGAAGUCACGACAGGCUCUGUAAUUAUGAUGUUUUGUGUAGAUUCGACUCUGCGGGAAAUUGUGGUUAAAGCUCUGCUCUGGCGUUAAAUCCUCCGCCUCUGGUUUGGACACUUUUCAUGGCAGCAUAAAGAAACACCACAGCGCCAUUGAAAAGGGAAAGAAAAUGCAAUAAUGCAGGCUUAUCACAUCAUAUUUCUCCACCCCUUAUCCACACCUAAAAUUUGAUAUGCACUUUUUAUUGUACAAUAUCACAGAUGAUUCAUGCAGAUGCAGUUAGGAUGAUUUAGGCUUCCUUAUAUGGACAGUGUUUAGAAUAAGUAAGCUUAUCAGCAGCUGCUAAGAUGGACAACAUGGAGCUCUCUACAUGUCAGUAAAAUUCACAUGCUAUUCAGAUCAGCUACAUUUUUUCAUUCUAUUAAUGAAGCACAAUUUUGCUUUUGUAGUCAUUAAAGAUGCUUAUUUACCGUUUAAAGAUCCUGCUUUAAAGGCUUAAUAUGCAGUCACCUACUUCCAAAUUUGUGCCUAAAAUAAUAAACUUAGAAUCAGCAUGUAGGUGUUUCCUUCUGCUCUUAUACUGCCUAAUAAAGAAAACUGCUGCCUCCCUUUUUAAUCAAUACUGUAUGCAUUUUUCAUGGUUUCAUGUUUUAAAAAUGAGUUUGAGUUAUGCUGCAAGUAAACUAUAUUCAGCUUUAGUUGGAAACCGAUCAGUUUGUGCAGUGUAGUAUAAAACAAACUUUUCAUGCUUGCCUAAGAAAAUUUGCUACUUUGAUGCUUGAUUUUAUCUGCUGUAUUUGCACCCUCUUUUUAUUAAGUAAGAGUUUUUAGACAAAAUAUUGAUGCAUAGAGACUCCGUAUGUUUGGUGUGUGUUUUUCAUAAUUUCUCCGAAUCUGAAAUUGUGUGUUAUGAUCAUAUUUUGUCUUCAUUUUGGUGUUUUUACUGUCUGUUUCCAUACCCUUACAAAACAUUUAGUGCUGGGAGUUUUACUGUUACUAAAUACUGGUGCUAAUCAAAGGGAAUUAUACAGGCUGGUUAUAUUGAAGUUACAGUGUUUUGCAAAAAUAGGCUCCUAGUAUGCUACUUUACAGCCAACGAUGCAUGGUUUUACAAACGUGUUCCACAUAGAAAUCUUAAGAGUGUGGUUUGCUUAUUUACUCUUACACACCUAAAUAAUUAAAGGGCAACCAAUUGCUUUCGGAAGUCACCUCAGUUUAAAUACAGCUGUACUGUGAAGGUCUCAGAGGUUUGCUAAAUAUAUAUUGGUGUGGCAGAAUGGCCCAGUCAAAGACCAUAUGUAAAUCUCAUUAGGAAUCUGUUGCCUGACUUCAACAUUGAUGUUCACUGUUGUUCUGCAUUUAAUCUGACUGAGCUACUUUAACCUUUUGAAGGCAGUUAGUUGCACUGUAUUUUAUUUGGGAGUAACAGAGAAAAAAUAUGAAUUUAGUUUUAUUUGCAAAUAACUUUAAAAACCAUGAAUUGUUUUUUUCCAACUUCCUAAUUAUGCACUACUUUGUUUUGGUCUAUCACAUAAAAAACCCAAUAAAAUACAAUGAAGUUUGUUAUUGUAAAUGGACAACAUGUAGAAAGGAAAGGAGAUAUGAAUAUGUUUAAAAGGCACUGUAGUUGUUAAAAAAUACUAAAAACUUUGAUGUGCAGAUGAUUAUUUCUGUCAGAGAAGAAAUGGUCUGUUAAUCUCGUCUUUCGUCACUGUGGUGUUGAGCAGCAUUAUCUGAUUUAGCAUACAGGGAAGUUUAAACUUUUCAAAGCGUGGUGUUUUUCGCAGAUCAAAGCACACAAAAUUUGUUUUCCUUGUUUGUGGUUGAACUUUCUGUCUUUAUGAAGUUUGAUCUCUGUUUGUGCCCACUGAGGGCACUCUGUUGCACACUGGAGAGGAGCUCCAGUGGCUAUUUUCUGUUUUGAAGUGUUGUGUGUGUGAAGGUUAUCCUACAUAUACGCUGAUGUGUAUAUUUUGUUUUCCCAGCCAUCUUUCCUGUCAGGUUUGGAUGGGGCUCAACAUAAUAAAAUUUGUUAAUAACUA